CUACGGGAAGCCCUAGUAAAGGCAUGCGAAGGCCAAAUCUCGAGAUGGCCAGAGCUGCUUCCGCAUGCAGUAUUUGCUGACCGAAUCACCAUCAGACGAUCAACAGGAUUCAGCCCAUAUUUCCUGUUGCAUGGAGUCCACCCAGCUCUACCCAUGGACCUACGAGAAGCAACCUUUAUGGUUGAAGGAUUCAGGAGUGGCAUGUCACACACCGACCUCCUAGCCCUACGAAUCCGACAGCUGGAAAGGAGACCCAUUGAUGUGGCCAAAGCAGCAGACGUACUUCGAAAAACCAGACUAAACUCAAAAGUCCAGUUUGAGAAGAAGUUUGCACACCGACUACGAAAGGAGGAGUUCCAUGAAGGAGACCUAGUGCUAGUCAGGAACACUGCCAUCGAACGAGAAAUGAACAGAAAGCACAAGCCACGCUACCUAGGACCCUAUCAAGUUGUACGAAGAACCCAGAACGGAGCCUACAUUGUCAAGGAGCUCAACGGAGACAUCUCCCGAGAAAGUGUGGCAGCAUUCAGGCUUCUCGCCUAU